UCUGCGGCCGACGGCGCCCGUCCGACACCAGUCAGCCCGAGGCGACCAUAAAAACGCCCCUACAUUCUCCAUCCCAUAUUAUGGCGCCGCAGUUGUGUGAUAAGAUGUCUGUGUGAAAUAGUGGUGGUUAUUGGGGCUAAUAAAUGAGUUGUAUUGUUUACAAGAACAUAACGGUUUGUCCCCGUGAUUUGAAGAGAGUUUGAUACCGGUUUUCACCUAUAUGGAGACCCAGCAGCACAGCGCUAACGGUUCUAUGGCAGGGCAGUUGUGGGGGAGUCUGAGCCGCUGUCUGUGGCGCGAGGACUUCUGGCUUCCCGAGGGCUUGGUGUGGGACGACCUCCGCUCCACCGACCACCUCCAUUAUCCGGACCCGUUCGACAUCUGGUUCUAUCCGCUCGUUCUCGGCGGCGUGUAUUUCCUCUUCUGCAGCUGGAUCGUGGAGCCUCUCGUCCUCGCUCCCCUGGCGACUCUGCUGGGAGUCUCGAACAAGCGAUGCCCGAAACCGCAGCCCAAUGAGACUCUGGAGACCCUCUACCGAAAAUACCACCUGAAAGUGCCACUCAAGGCGCUAAUCAAGUCCUCGGAGACGACGGGUCUAACCGAGCGCCAGAUAGAGAGGUGGCUUCGUCGCAGGUACAAGUCUCAGCGCUUCAACCAGCGGGAUAUGUUCAUCGACUGCGGGAUCAAACUUCUAGGCCACACUUUGUUCGCUGUUUACGGGUACAGCAUCAUGUUCUCGAAGCCUUGGGUGUGGGACAUCACACUCUGCUGGGAGAAAUAUCCAUUCCAUACCUUGCAUAGUGACAUAUGGUGGUAUUACAUCUCCGUCCUCACUGUAUACUGGAAGCUCUUCGUCUCCGAGUUCUUACAGCCUGGAAGGAAACAGGACGACCGUCUGUUCAUGAUCCUCCACCACGCCGUCACAGUCCUCCUCAUGACUUUCUCAUGGACGUGCAACUUCAUAAGAAUAGGAAGCCUGGUGCUGAUGGUCCACGAGAUCGCCGACGUCCCCCUCCUGAUCGCCAAGAUGUGCAGGUACGCGGGGAACGAAGCCGCAGCCAACGCCAUCUUCCCUCUGUUCCUCGUCGUCUGGAUCGUGACUCGCUGCGUCCUGUACCCCUUCUGGAUCAUGCGCAGUGUGUUCUUCGAUGCCACGCGAUACAUGUUCAUGCCCUCGGCCUACGUGUUCAUAUUCCUGCUGACGGGGCUCCUGCUGCUCAAUCUCAUUUGGACGUGGUUGAUCAUGAGCAUCGUUGUCAGGAAGAUUCGGGGAGGAAAGCUGCAAGAUUUUCGGUCAUCUUCUGAGAGUGAAAAUGAUGACGACAAAAAAAGUGUGUAACAGCAUACGAUUUUUCAUUCAUAUGCCCCAUUCCUCAGUAAACAAUCUCUCACCGUUAACUGCAGAUAUCAUACUGCCUUUGCCAUUCUCAUUUCUUCAGUAUAACAUUAGUUAGUUUUGUCAGUUUUGUGUGUGUAACUGUAUAACUUGUUGGAAAGCUGUAUACUUUAUCAUCAGAAGCAUUUCAUUAUAAUUUCUUUUGUCGUCACCAUUAUUAUCAUUGAUAUUAUUAUUAUUAUUAUUACCACUACUAUUACUACCA